AUGAAUCAAUCGAACAUUCGAACCGUAAACGCUGCAUGCCAUGAAGAGGACAACGGCAAAAUCAGCUCCGACCAACGGACGAUACCAUCCGAAGAUACCCUGCCUCCCACGAUGGAAGAGCCUGUCCAGGAAGCGAUUGAAAAUGAGAAGGAAGAACAAAGCAAAGAUACUCCACAACAAUCACCUCCUUCCCCCCUUGAGAAGCUACAAGACCGGAUACCCCGAAUCUACUUUGUCACGUUCCAACUGAUGAUCCCAUUGCUACUACUCAUUGCCUUGGCCUUUUUAUUUGGUUGGUUAUUGGCCGCGGCCGAGAUGCCCGCUGAAAUUGAGAGCAAUGAUGCCGUGAUACGGCAAGCGUUUCUGGAUUUUUACGAAUAUGGCGAGCUGCGACGAGCCGUGGCAUCCCGAUAUGCCUCUGUUUCCUCCCAAUGCCGCGAGCAAAUCUCGUUUUGGAAUACCACUUUGGCCAUGAUUCAACAAGCCGUGGAAAACUUGACCAGUACCAACGCUUACACGCAAUAUCAAAACUGUGUCCAAGAGGGAGCUGUGAACGAAUUCAACCAGCAAGCAAUCGUUCCAUUUCUUUUCAAUUCCACCAAUCCAGAUGAUUUGACGUUUAAUUGGAUGAAAUGUGAAGCGAGUGACGAGUCAGACGACGCCUUUUUCUAUCUCAAUCAACUUGGCCUCAACACAGAAAGCUCACAUGAUGAACAAAGCUUGGUAUUCAUCAAUGACCUGGGUCGGCAAUUCGAAUACCAGGCCGAGCUUGCAGGCUACCGACUCGAAGAAGUCUACACCAAUUCGACCCUCUUUGUAGAGUUCAUCAACAAGGCGUCAGGGGGCGAUCGCUGCAAAGUCCAUGUGGCGGGUGGUGCCUUGUUCUGGUUUACAGUCAUGACUACAAUAGGGUACGGGAACACAGCGCCGGCAACCGUGGCAGGUCGUAGUCUCGUUUACACCGGGGGCUUUGUCACUAUCAUUGCAUUUAUCGCCCUCAACAACUCGGGUUCCGCUGUAUGGAAGCUAUUGGCGGAAGACAUUUUUCUCAGAUACAAGCUGCCUUACUUGAUGCAAGGCCCCAUAUGUUGCCUGUUUUGGCUCUGCAUGACGAUCCUGUGGAUGCUGAUUCUUGCUCUUUCCGUCCAAACAUACCACAAUCACCGUUUGGGAGAUCCAGGACCAGCCGACUUUCCUCUUAGUGAGGCAUUCUGGUUCAGCUACAUAACAACAACCACUGUCGGACUUGGAGAUGUAUAUUUGGCUCACGAAGAGUUUCAGUCAAGCGACAUGUUUUUCAUCCCUUUAAUGGUCUUGGUUGGCUUCAAUUUUGUGGGAAUCUUUGCAGAAAAGAUGAUUGAUUUGUAUAAUAACUACUUUCCAAAGAGAGAUAGGUUUGGCGAUAUCUUGGAAAGAAAGAGGCAAGAAGACAUGAUGAGAGAAAGGUGA